AUGAAUGAUAUGAAGAUUGAAGAUGCAGAGUUUGAUUUGGAUGAGGGAGAGUUGCAUACUAGGCUUGAUUUGAAUAAGGAGGCAGAUGAGGAUGAGAUGAAAAAAUAUGAGUAUGAUGGCAUUAAGGAGAUUGAAGAAAGUGAUGAGGACAAAGAUGAAGAUGGGGGGCAUGAUGGAGGUGCCAUAAGUGAGGUAGAUGAUGCUAUUCUGGAGGCCAAGAAUAGGGAGGAUGAUGAGGAUGAGGCAGAUGAUUAUGGCGAGCUUUUAUAUUAUGGGCAGCCAAGGGUGACAAUAUACCAAGGCAGACAGAUCAUCCCACAUGGACCCAUGGCUGAAAUUGUACCAAUAUAUAUGGGUGGGCCAAGUGUAGUGUAUAGCCAAUUGAAAGAGAUGGGCUGA